UUUUAAGGCUGGCAAUGUGCUAGGCCGAAAAAAUAAGAAGCUGGAAGUGCGCACGCUCAUUAUUAACUAGCCGAGAACUUUCUUUCUGAGCUCCAAGCCAAUUUUCGACGAUGGAGGAUUCAUCAUGUCCCAUGGUGCCUUCACGGAGCAGCACCGACAUGUAUGAACUGAAUAAGGAUUUGGAGAGAGUGAUUGAGGAUGUUGAGAACAUAUCAGUGCAGCUGACCUGGAUGGCUUAUGACAUGGUGACGCUGCGAACCGGUUUCGUGGGGGAAGCGUGUAUGCGGGAGCUGGAGGAGGCGUACAGCAGAUGCAGGGCGGCUGUCUUUGGGGAAACUGGUGCUGAGAAAGCUGACUCAUCAGAAAGUCAAACUGUAGAUUAAGUCGUAUUAAAUUAUACAAUGAUUUAAUACGAUAAUGCACUUCCAUGUCAAAGUGCAGUGUUGUUUGCUUGCUUUAUGUUAGUAUUGAUAGUUAUGACUUAAUUUACAGGAGUUUCUCAAGUUUUAAACUGUUCUAUUCUGUUUGGAUGAAUACUUUAAAUAAAGAAGCUAAUAUAUUUAACAAGGUGAUCUGUCAUUUUUUAA